AUGGCAGCAGCAGUUGUGGCUCCACCAAACCCAGAAGCUCCUGAGUCUCACUACGAUGUCAAGCUCUUAAAUCGCUGGGCUUUCGAUGAUAUUUCCCUAAGCAGGGCUACGUAUGUCCCCCACACUGCUGGGAGAUACUCUGUAAAGCGUUUCAGGAAGGCCCAGUGCCCAAUUGCUGAGCGGCUGACAAACUCUCUUCAGAUGCAUGGCAGAAACAAUGGAAAAAAAUUGAAGGCUGUUACGAUUGUCAAACAUGCUAUGGAGAACAUUCAUCUUUUGACUGAUCAGAACCCAAUCCAAGUUACUGUUGAUGCUGUGGUGAACAGGUCUGUUAAAUACAUAGGUUUUUUUCCUUAUAGAUUGCUCAUUGUUUGA